GCGCUCAGCGUUUUGGAACUCAAAAUUGUUAUGAACAUGGUCGGCAUAGCCGCUGCACGCAGGCUAGGUCGGCACCGUUUCCCGUUUAUUUGGGUUUCCUGUGUUUUAGAGUUCCUUGAUCGACUGAUGUCAGCGCAGUCGUUCUGCCGCGGUGUCGAUGUCAGCGGUAGAAAAGACAACAGAAAUUCAAAAUGGCGGACGGUAUGAUAGGAAAAGUUCGGCUUUGUGUUUUCAUCGUCCUUGCAUCGCAAGCAGUAUAUUCCAUAUUUGACUACCUCAAGAAAUCACUCGAAUCGAAUCGUGAAAAUCAAACAGAAGGAAUCAAGAAAUCGGAAGUGCUUUUUUUCCCUGAUAAAAAAAUAGCAUGCCGUCAGUUCCUCUCAGAUGGCGGUUGUUCCAGAGAUCGAUGCUCUUACGCACACGAGGUCACAUCCCUAAGCAGACUCAUAGAUGUCCUUAUUAAAGCCAGACGUACGCUAGAUGUUUGUGUUUUCACAAUCAACUGUUUCGAACUAGCAGAUGCUGUGAUUCAAAUGCACAAACGUGGCGUCGUAAUUCGUGUCCUUACCGAUAGCGAACAAAUAGGCUCCAGCGGAUCACAGAUAGAAAAAUUCCGAAGAGAAGGUAUCCAAGUAAGGAAUGAUUUAUCGUCGUUUUUUAUGCACCACAAGUUUGCCAUUGUUGAUGGGGAAGUGCUGGCCAAUGGUUCGUUUAACUGGACACGCCAGGCGGUGACUGGAAAUAGGGAGAACGUGGUUAUUACUUAUGAAAGGGAACUUGUGAGAAAGUUUAGCCAAGAGUUCAACAAACUUUGGGAAGAGUAUGAUCCGAGCAAGAGGUGAUCUAUCUUAUGUCAAACUCUCCAAUUUUUGGGGGAAAAAUACACUAUGGACCCAACCAAUCAAAAGCCUUUAUGUUUAAUGUUAUCCAAAACUUAAAGUGGCAAUCCCACUAGUUUACUUCCAAAGGGCUGACAAAAACCUCACCCAACAAGAGACAAAAUAAUUUAUUACAAUCCAUGCUAUUUAACAGGCCACCUACCAUAAAUCAUCAGUCACAUUCUCAAACAAACUUCCAGACUCUGUUUUUACAUAAUCAACCAGAAGUUAACUUGUCUGCUAAGUGCCGUAUGAUCCUGCAUUUUCCCCACCAAGCUUUAACUAACCAGAGAACAACAGCCAGAAAGCAAUUAAACAGUUUGAACUCCUUAUGUAGACGACAGUUCACACUUGUUCAAAAUUGCUGUAAGUAAGAGUUUGACUGACUUCAUAUUCAAACCUGACAAUUCUAGGACAUACAGUAUAAAUUAAUUCUCUUUUAACACAUUGACCCAGGGAUAAAUGGUCUUGAAGAUAUGCUUCCAACCAGUGUGUUGGCAUCUACUCUUAAAACAAAUAAUAGCACAGGUUCUUUGACAAAUUUCAAAUCGAACAAGGAAAGAAAAGCAGAAUCACCUCUCUCAAUAAAACGCUCAAAAUACCACACAAGGGAGAGAGAUCAGCAAACACAGCUCAAAACACAAAUAGAUACCUUUAUUUUGAUCCUCCAGGUUCAUUUCCAUGACCUCAAUACAACAAUGUCUACUCCUUGAAGGCUUGUAAAACCACUUGGAUGCCUUUGUGGAUUGCAAAGCAUUCUGGGAGAUCCAGGGAAAAAUUCACAAGGGGAGGGCCAGUCAACACUUUUCUCCCCAAAGUCAGAUGUUUUUUUUCUCCCGAGUGACACAAAGCAUCCAUUUUCAUCGUAUAAUUCAAUAGAGUAACCAAGAUAUUUAUAAAUCAUAUAUUGUCAAUAACAUAUCAGCCUUCAUUUUUAGAUUGUUAUUUUGAAGUUUUCUUGCAAAUGAACGGCUGAAUUUUCAAUGAUAAACAAUGGGUAAUUGACAUUGUUUAAUUAUGCAGGCAUUGAUGCUCCACUGUAAAAAAAAUCACUAUGUUUAAAAUAUAUUGAUAUAUAUAUAUUAAUGAAAAGGUUAUAAGAACUGUAA